CUGUGAGACGCAUGUAAGACUAGAGACUCGUCUAGUCUCGACAAACGUGCGUCCAAUGUAAUCACAGUGUGUUCUCCAUUAAAAACAAUCAAGAGGAAGUGUCAAACGAAACGAUCAACAAUCGUACCUGGCGACACCUUGGCAUUUGGUGCAUCUGCGCGUCAAGGCUUGUGGAGCGAUCAAUAUGAGGAAUGGUUUGAGCCUAGAAGCAUCAUCGGGGAUGAUGGUAACCCACUGUGUACCUGCCGGUGGGCCUUCAAUCUUCUCCAGUGUCUCAUCAACUCGUGGCCCCGUAUUUUCCUCAAGAAAACACCUGGGGCUAAUGAGCCAUUCAGCUUCAACGUAGUUUAUCAUUUCUCCUCUCAUUAAAUCCACGAAAUCCCACGCCGGGGACUCCCAUCAGCGCACGCGUACUAUUUUUUUUUUUUUAUCAAAAUAAGAAAUAAAAAAAUGCUGGAGAUAGCUCCAGUACCUCGCUGACGUUCAGCCCGACGAUUAGUGAUUGUUCCAGUGAAUGCAAUCGUCUCUUGUGAUUCAGAGGAAAGAUUUCGAAAUUUCUUCGAGUUUGGGUGUUUUUCUUUUUUAUGUCAACAAUUAUGAUCAUCACCUACGAUCAAUGGGACUUUUCUGGGGGGAGGGGGUAAUUCAGAGGUUUAGGGACAAGAAAUGCCAAGGUGUGAUUGAUAACAGCCAAAAUGCUGAUUAAGGAAUACAGAAUACCACUGCCUUUGACAGUGGAGGAGUACCGAAUCGCUCAGCUGUACAUGAUAGCUAAAAAAUCACGAGAGGAGAGCAAAGGAGUUGGAAGUGGUGUAGAAAUAAUCGAAAACAAGCCAUAUACGGAUGGUCCAGGAGGUAAUGGUCAAUACACUCACAAAAUCUAUCACGUUGGAUCCCAUCUGCCCGGUUGGUUCAAGAAUCUCCUCCCCAAAUCAGCAUUGACCACCAAGGAGGAGGCCUGGAAUGCCUAUCCUUACACAAAAACUCGUUACACCUGUCCCUUCGUCGAGAAAUUCUCCGUUGAAAUAGAAACCUAUUAUUUUCCGGACAAGGGACAGCAGGAAAAUGUCUUCAAGCUCUCUGGAAGUGAUUUGCGUAAUAGAAUAGUCGAUGUUAUUGAUAUUGUUAAGGAUCAGCUACUGGGAGCUGAUUACGUAAAGGAUGAGGAUCCCAAGUUAUAUAUAUCUCAGAAAAGUAGUCGGGGUCCGCUGGGUGAGACUUGGCUCGAGGAUUAUUGGACAGAAGUUAAGGGAAAAAGCCAGCCAACGCCAUCAGGAAAAUCACUGAUGUGUGCCUACAAACUGUGCAGAGUUGAGUUUCGUUACUGGGGUAUGCAAACAAAGCUUGAGAAGUUCAUCCAUGACGUGGCCCUGCGAAAAACGAUGGUUAGGGCGCACAGACAGGCAUGGGCCUGGCAGGACGAGUGGAUUGGUCUGACGAUGGAGGACAUCAGAGAGAUCGAGAGGCAAACCCAAGAGGCACUCAAGAAAAAAAUGGCUGCUCUAGAAGCUGCAGAGAGAGGUGAAUCCAUGGAGAACUUCGAGGGUGAUGACGAGGACAGUAAAACAAAUUCUGGAACAACACCUCAAGAGACCGAUGUCGCUAAGACACUGGCUGCUACACUCGGUAGUAUUGAGAAGAAUGAGGAUCCUCAGAGUCCACCGUCCAUCAGAAAACCAUCUGACAUUCCUAUUAUCAAUACUAAUGUGAGCUCUGAAGGUGAUGCCACGCCUGAUGAUUCACCCACUCAACAAUUGCCCAGCUCCAAAGUACCGGAAGACAAAUCAAACCUGAAGAAACCUUGGAAACGCACGUCUCAAACAAUUCAAUCACCAAGUUCCGCCAAAUCUUUCGAUAUUCAAAUAGCCAAUUGGAGAAUGGAGAGUAUUGUUCGUGAAUCGGAAUCCGGAAGUGAGGAUGAGUUCUUCGAUUGUCAAGCCGCUGGGAUGCUCAUACCCACCAUUCGAAGAGAAGACUUUGGGGACAAUACUUCAUUAGCUAAAUGGAGCUCGAUGGAUCUUCUUGGGGAGAAGGACGACUCGACUUCGCCGACAGCAGCUCCUUCGGACAAGUACGAGGACAGUAUAUUCUCGCCGUCGUAUCUUCAACGAGUAGCGAGCGAGGGGAAUCCCAAAAGACUGCACAUACGGACAUCAGCGAGUAUAGACGUUUCGUGUCCACCAUCGCCGAGUCACUCGCCCACUCAUCAACCCUGUCGCAUCACAGUUCUUCUGAUUGUCAUGCAUGCUGGAAGUGUUCUGGAUGCCAAUGUCGAUUUGACAGCAAAAAAAUCCGACAUAACGACAUUCAGAGGUGCUUUUGAAUCUGUCAUGAGGCAACACUAUCCCAGUAUGGUUGGACACAUUGCCGUGAGAUUUGUAUCCUGUCCGUCAAUCUGCACCGAUGGCCUUGGCAUUCUCUCCAGCUUGAGCCCGUACUCCUUUGAUGUAUCACCGAGCUGCGUUGACACACCUCCUGUCACCCACGACACUAUUCCCAUCGGCGCGAUUCCCCUUUUAGCUAGCUCUGCACCUGAGUAUCAGGACGCUGUAUCCAAAGUUGUCACUGGUGCCAAUCAGGUUUAUCAGGAUUUCGUUAGGAGUGAUGAGGGCAGAGGUUUUGCAGGACAGGUAUCAUUCGUUGGUGAUUCUGUUGGGUCUAUUCUCGGUUAUGACGCUCUGUGCAGAACUGUUCAAUAUCAGUCGAGGCAUGACAGUGAGAAUAGUAUUCUCGAUAAUGACAAUCAGACUGGGGAAAAUGGAGCGGGCGAGGAUAACCGACAUCUCAGUGCACCUACACCCAGACGAAGAUCAUCCUCUACGAGCGAUAGUUCCGGUCACUGCAAACUGGACUUCGACGUAAGUGAAUUCUUCAUGUUUGGAAGUCCCUUGGCGUUGGUCCUGGCCUACAGAAAAAUUUCAUCGACCGGAGAAAAGAGUAAUAUACAGAGACCACUUGUCAAUCAAGUUUACAAUCUCUUUCACCCAACUGAUCCCGUUGCUGCUCGACUGGAGCCCCUUAUCUCAGCCCGAUGUUCACUCCUGCCUCCAGUCAAUGUCGCGCGAUAUCAGAAAUACCCACUGGGCAAUGGACAGCCUUAUCAUUUACUGGAGGCUAUUCAAACAAAUCCCCAGCUCUUUGCCGAGGGAUUGAAUGCCCCGACAACGCCUCUUCAACAUCUACGUCGAUUGUCGGAUAUAUCGAUCCAGAGUACAAUGUCUGGUCUGAUUGAUAAUGUACCUCUCCAGGCUGUCUCUUCACUUACGCAGAAAUGGUGGGGCAACAAGAGAAUAGACUACGCCCUAUAUUGUCCUGAGGGACUUGCAAAUUUUCCAACAAAUGCACUACCCCAUUUGUUUCACGCUAGCUAUUGGGAGUCUUCGGAUGUUAUCGCUUUCAUUCUCAGGCAAAUUGGUAGAUUCGAUCUGCCGAUGCUCGGCGGUGAGGAAAAAGAACUCGCGACCUUCCGUCCAGGGCAACCCAGAGAAAAGUGGAAUAGAAAACGAACGUCAGUUAAACUUAAAAAUGUAGCAGCCAAUCAUCGAGCUAACGACGUAAUAGUUAAAGAAGGCACUCCACAAGUUCUGAUCGCGCGAUUUAUGUACAGCCCCAUAGAUAUGAUAGCUCUCACCGGUGAAAAGGUGGAUAUCCACGUGAUGAAAAAUGCACCAGCAGGUGAAUGGACUUAUCUGUCAACAGAGGUAACCGACAAGACUGGAAGAAUAACCUACAGAAUUCCAGACGAUAAAGUCCUAUCCUACGGUCUUUACCCCAUAAAAAUGGUUGUCCGGGGUGAUCACACAUCUGUCGAUUUUUUUAUGGCGGUAAUUCCACCGAAUACCGAGUGCGUCGUCUUCAGCAUUGAUGGCUCCUUCACGGCAAGCAUGUCAGUCACUGGAAGAGAUCCAAAGGUUCGAGCAGGUGCUGUCGAUGUAGUCCGACACUGGCAGGAGCUCGGCUACUUGAUAAUCUAUAUCACAGCUCGUCCUGAUAUGCAACAGCAGAAGGUCGUGUCCUGGUUAUCACAGCACAAUUUUCCACACGGUCUUGUUUCAUUUGCCGAUGGACUUUCCACUGAUCCUCUAGGUCAUAAAGCGGCUUAUCUGAAUAAUCUCGUUGAGAAUCAUGGUGUUAUUAUCCAUCAGGCUUACGGAAGCGCUAAAGACAUCACUGUGUACACGGCUAUCAGUUUGAAGCCCAAGCAGAUAAUUAUUGUUGGCAAAGUCUCUAAGAAACAUCAGCUGUUGUGCACGGUUCUUGUUGAGGGUUAUGCCGCUCAUCUCAGCCAACUUCAGGCGCAUGGAGGCUCCAGACCUGCUCAAGGCAACGCCAGAAUGGUCAUCCCCAGAGGACAAUUUGGACUUCCUGGACUCAACUCCUCUCUCAGACGUCGAAGUUCUUUUAGAACAACGAAACGUGCCAUCUCCCAACCGAUUUUUGGUGGUAAACCGGAGACACUCGAGAGGAGUACGAGUGUUGGACCCCAUGGGGCACCUAGAUCAGCUCCACCAACAAAAUCACCAGCACCUGAAAAACUCUGACGUUUCGCCCGCUGCCGCUCAUUCUUCGAGUCACGGCAGUCGGAAAAUCGUUGAAAUAUCUACAUUUUUUUCGAAUUUUAUAAAUAUUCCUGAGGAAUCUCGCGGAUUAGUAAAAAAAGCGGAUUAGUAAACUGAGUGAAUUUUUUUGACAUCAAUUUUUAGCUGAUAUCUCGGAAUUGAGGGAAAAUAGCGCGUUUUUUGCAUAAACAUUUUUUAAAGAAAAAGAUGAGAUCUGGAAAAAAGGUGUCUAUGAAAAUAUCAUUAUCUUCAUUCAAUCUCGAGGUAUUGGGUAAAAACUGGUCUUCGGAAAGGUACAAUGUUUCUAGUUUACCAGUUCGCAGUAGAAAUGAUGUUUUCAAUCUGCCGUUUAAUUUUUAUUUUCCGGGCUUCGGGAAAUACUUGAGAGUUCUCGAGAGAAUGUUUUUACAAACAUUGAAUCACUGGAGAAAUCUCUCGUAGGGAUUUAUCGGCAAUCCGAAGCCCAAAUUAUUGGCAGUUUAUUUUUUAUACAUUCCUUCGAGCACUCGAUAAUGUACUUUAUCAAAAAAAUUGAAACACUGAGUCAGUAAAUUCCCAGAUCUUCGGCGAUACAGAAAUAAGUUAGAUUAAUCUCGCAAAUAAUUGUUUAAUACGAUUACCUGAGGAUAAUUUAAAAAAAUAUGUUAACACGAAAAUAUUGAAUUUUAAUGUGUAUUUCAUCGAUUAUUGACUUUGUGGCAAAAUUUAUUUGACAAUUAUUUCCAUGGACCCGCCUUUUUUCGAAUAUUUAAAAAAUUUUUCAAUACCAAUAUUUUUCAAUUGAAUCGAAUGAUUGCACUCCGACAAAUGACUCCAGACUGGCUCAACGCUCUGGACUAGAAGAUAAAUUAAUUGAAUAAAUAUUCAAAAUUAAUGAACACAUAUUGACCGUUUGUAUUGUUGUAAUAUGUACGAUAAUUGUAAAUGGAAGUGAUCAAGAAAAAUAAACUAAAACUAUUUUACGUCGUUAAAUAUUCUACGUGAAAAUAUGAAUAAUAUAAAUAUAUAUUUAAUAUAAAAAAGUCAUAUUUUUGUUAGUCUACCAUUGAGAGAUGAAUUAAUUGAUAAUAUGAAUCGACGUUGAAAUUGUUUAUGUAUAUGUAAAGUAUACGCACGUAAUAGUUAUUACUCUAAACCAUAAAACCCAAAAAUCCCUGAAUUAAAAAAUUUUUUCCGGAAAAACCAUUGAAGCCACUUUAAUUCAUGGAUUUUUGUGGAAAUCGUUGACUCAUGUUGAUUUGUCUAGCGCGUGAUUAAUCCCUUAAUGUAAAAUUUUAUUCUUUCGAAAUAAAAGUGAACAAAAAGUGCAAAAAAAUUGUGUGAUGGAAGUGAAGAGAUAUAACAAUAAAGUCAUUGUUGUUAAAUUU